AAAUGCUCGCAUUAUCACUGUCAUCACCACUAUAAAAGGCAGCACUGUCCCAAAACCCUAGCUCCUCUUUUCACAACCCUAGUUCCUCACCGUUUCUUCCAUAUCGAACGAAUUGAAGAGGUGAUGGCUCCGAAGCAGCCGAAUACAGGGCUAUCUGUUGGGCUAAACAAAGGCCAUGUUGUGACCAAGAAGGAAUUAGCUCCACGUCCUUCUGACAGAAAAGGGAAAACAAGCAAAAGAGUCCACUUUGUGAGGAGCCUUAUCAGAGAAGUCGCUGGAUUUGCUCCGUACGAGAAAAGGAUUACCGAGCUUCUUAAAGUUGGAAAGGACAAGCGUGCCUUGAAGGUAGCCAAGAGGAAGUUGGGCACUCACAAGAGGGCAAAGAAGAAGAGAGAAGAGAUGUCUAGUGUUCUCCGUAAGAUGAGGGCUACUGGAGGCGGAGAAAAGAAGAAAUGAAACCUGUAUCCUCAGUUGAUGAUUGAAGAACCCAAUUAAUUAAUUCACUAGCUUUUAUGUUUGCAAUGUAUUUUUGUUUUCAAGAAAGAAGACUUGUGAUUAAAAGCUCCCGAUUUAUGUUCCAUGCAGAUUUUAAAAUUAGUGAUAUUUUAGACAUUUUUGCCAAGUGCAUGUAUUUUCUGGUAAUACUAGUGUUAAUUUAUCUGCUUUUGCUUGGUGUUA